UGCAGAAGCAGGGGGAGCUUGCUAGCCUCCGCUGUUCAGCGCAGCGAAGGUCGUCGUGUCUCCUCUGUCACGCUCCAAGACACACCUUCUAGUUGGGGGGGGGUGACGUCAUAUCAGAGCCAUCGAACGCGUCCCGACGACUCUAUAUCCCGGUGGUCUGGCCUUUUCGACCCCGCCGGUGUGUCAGCUCUUUAAUCGCCAUGCCUCCGCCGCGGGGUGACGUGACCGCCUUAUUCCUGGGGCCUCCGGGCUCGGGAAAGUCUUCGCUGAUCGCAGCGCUGUGCGACAGCAAUGUGGAGACGGUAGAGAUCCCCGAGGGACGGCGGGACUCCGGGGUCCCCAGCCUGAGAGCUGCGGGCCCAGGCCUCUUCCUGGGCGAACUGAGCUGUCCACCCGCAGCUCCGGGGCCCUGGGCGGCGGAGGCCAACGUGCUGGUACUGGUGCUACCGGGACCAGAGGGGAACGGGGAGCACCUGGUCCCGGCGCUGGGAGAGGCAGCGCGGGCCGCCCUGGCCCGAGGGACCCCGCUGCUGGCUGUGCGGAAGCUCCGUCCUGGCGAUUCCCAGAAUGACGCCCAGAUCCGGGAUCAGACAGCGGCCCUGUUGGACGGCGCGGGGUUAGGAGCCGCCACUCUGUUCGUGCUGCCGGCCGAUUGCGGCGGCGACCACUGCGAGGAGCUGGAUCGCCUGCGGGGGGCGCUGCGGAGCCAGGCGGAGGCGCUGCAGAGACUCCUGCCACCGGCCCAGGAUGGCUUCGAGGUGCUGGGCCCAGCAGAACUGGAGGCCGUGCGCGAGGCCUUCGAGACGGGUGGCCUGGAGGCGGCGCUGUCGUGGGUGCGCGCGGGCCUGGAGCGCCUGGGCAGCGCGCGUCUGGACCUGGCGGUGGCCGGCACCACCAACAUGGACCUUGUGCUGAAUGCGCUACUCGGCUUGGAUCCCAGCGACCCGGGAGCGGAGCCUGCAUCGGCGCCCACGGGACCCACCCCAUUCCCGGCUCCGGAGCGCCCCAAUGUGGUGCUCUGGACCGUCCCUCUGGGCUCCACGGGCACUUCCCCCGCCUCUGCCCCUCACCCGACCCACUACGAUGCCGUUAUCCUCGUCACCGUGGGAGCCCCUGCUGAGAAGGACUGGGCCCAGGUGCACGCCUUGGUGUCACCAGAUGCGCCGCUUGUCUGCGUGCGAACGGAUGGCCAGGGUGAGGACCCCCCGGAGUCUCUGGAAGAAGAGGGAAAGGUGGAGAAGGCAGGCGAGGGGGCACUGGAGAACGCGCCGAGAGAGGGAAAGAAGAACCUCGGCGCCGGAUCGCAGAAGGCAGGCGACGAGCGUCUGCCGCAGGUGGUCGGCGCUAAGACAUCGGGCGGCGGGGACUCGGGGCGCGCGGGCGCUCUGAGCCCCGAGGACGAGCCGUGGGAGGUGCUGGAGGAGGCUCCGCCGCCCGUGUUCCCGCUGCGGCCCGGGGGCCUCCCGGGGUUGUGCGCGUGGCUGCAGCGCGCGCUGUCCCCGGCGCAGGCGGGGGCGCUGCUGCUGGCGCUGCCGCCCGCGUCCCCGGGCGCGGCGAGGAGGAAGGCGGCGGCGCUGCGGGCCGGAGCGUGGAGGCCCGCAUUGCUAGCCAGCCUGGCGGCGGCGGCUGCCCCAAUACCCGGGCUGGGCUGGGCGUGCGACGUGGCGCUGCUCAGGGGUCAGCUGGCCGAGUGGCGGCGGGCGCUGGGACUCGAACCCGCGGCCCUCGCACGCCGCGAGUGUGCGCUGGGCCUGGCGCCCGGGGAGCUGGCCGCGCGUGCGCACUUCCCGGGCCCAGUGACGCGCGAGGUGGAAGCGCGGCUGGGCGCCUGGGCGGGCGAGGGCACUGCGGGCGGUGCGGCGCUCGGCGCUCUUUCUUUCCUGUGGCCCGCGGGGGGCGCGGCCGCGACAGGCGGGCUGGGGUACCGCGCGGCGCACGGCGUCCUGCUGCAGGCGCUGGAUGAGAUGCUGGCAGAUGCUGAGGCCGUCCUGGCGUCCCCCGGCACCAGAGUGUCCCCGUCGGAUUAGAGGGGACGGGGUUUGAACGUCUGGUCUCCGAGACUGGGGGGAGGGGGUGUCCGCCACUUGGAAUCAAUCUUGGGACUAGGGGGCCAUGCCGGCUCUGACUGCUGCUUAGGGUGUGUGACUUAAUGUAACCUGGAUUCUCGAUCCUGAGGGGCUCCCGGUUACUCUGUACCAUCCUGACCCUCGUGUCCUGAAGGGAGUUGGGGGGCCCUCACGCCUGGAAGGGGGUACAUCUCAAUCUCCCCUUGGAGCCUCUGACUGUUCAGCCUUCCAGGGGAGACAGGUCAAAAGUCUGAUUCCUGGCUGGGAACAGGACUCCAGUGUUGGGGGGAGGGGGGACGACUAGGUUUCCCUGGAGGAAAAGGCCAAGGCCCUCAUGCAACCUCUUGGGACCCCCAAGGGGCAGCUAAUCUUAACUGCGGCGGUGUCGCUGGGGUCCCAGAUUCCUUGUUCCCAAGAGGGCUGUGAACCUUAGUUGCCAGUCUUGGGUGGUGAGAGAGGCUGGAGACUCCUGGGUCUCUAGGGAGUGGAGGAGUGUCUUAUAUUUGCUUUCCAGGGGUUUGGUGUUGAGACCGUGGUGCCACAGAAAUUGAGGGGAGGGAUAAGAGGCCUGGGCCUGGUGGGCUCUGAGGAUAGCCAGGGGCCAGCAGUGAGGCAGAGGCAGAAACCACAGUACCUACUGUGUUCUGAGCUGCCAGCUCUGUGUAGGGGGAAGGCUGGGGUUAUGGAAUUCUUUGGUGUCAGACACAAAAGGAAGACUGAAGGUGGGGAGAACAAUCCCGGCAGGGCAGGCUGAAGGCCCAACAGCACACAGCAAGGCCCUGUGUGUGCUGGCCCCUGCCUCUUCUCAAUCCCUGUCCAUGCCAACCCCAGCCAGCUGGCUAGAUCUUUCUGCUGCUGAGAUCUUUCUGCCACUUUGAGUCCUGCCUCAGGACUCUUGUACUGGCUGUUCUUGGCUGGAGUGCUCUUGCCUCCAUGUCCUUCUGUGAUUGACUCCUUGUCUGUCAGGGCUCCACUGAAUUGACCCUUCAGAGAGGCCUUCCCCGAUCACCCUAGCUGGAGGAAUCCACACACCCAACGUUACUGAUCUGCCCACUUGAUUUUUCCUUGUCCCAAAUAUUACUAGCAAAAGACCUUAUUUAUUUAUUUAUUUGCCUGUUUAUUUGCCAUCACCCCAUUGUCUGUCUUAUUCUCUGGGGCCCCCCAGCACCUGAAACAGUGCCUGACACACAGUAGGUGCUUACUCUGUCAAUCAGUGGCAGGAGGAGGACUAAUUUAUAAAGAUGGGCCUCUUGCCACGGAAAGGAACAAGUCAGGGAGAAGCAAGCAUUUAACUGGAGAAAACACCCAGUCUAAAGUCUGGAGACCUGGGAAGCAAGCACAGGCUUGCCACUAUUCCUCUGUCAACUGGCCCAGUGCCUUAUUUUCCUAGCUGAAAAAUGAAAGGCUCAGACCAUAACCCUAAAUGCCAAGAUGGAGUGACCCUCGACAGCUAAAGACAAGGGUCACCACUAAGGAACAGGUAGUGGGGGACGGUGCCCGCAUCUGCAGCAGCUUGUGCCAUUGAGCUCCAGGCGCUGCACACAUGGUCCACUCAGCCUUGGAGGGGUGGGGUUCCCCGUAUCCUCAACUCUUGGGAUGCCACUCAGUUUCCACCUCCUCGUCUAGCUUGGAGCCCCUCAAUCAAACAUGCCAGCCUUAGGAAAGAUGAGAAAGGUAGGAGCCAUGCUACCAGUAGAAACAGUGUGCAGUCAUCUUACAUGCUCUAUUUGCCAUGGUAAAAGAAAGAAAGGAUGGCUGGGUGCUGUCGCUCACAGCUGUAAUCCCAGCUACUCAGGAGGUAGAAAUUGAGAGGAUUGAGGUUCAAGGCAAGACCCCAUCUCAAUCAAUAAGCCAGGCACAGUUGAGCAUGCCUGUGCUCUCAGCUAUACAAAUUGUAAGUAGGAGCAUCAUAGUCUGAGGCCAGCCCUGUGCAAAAAUGGAAGACCCUUAAAAAGGGGGAGAGG